AUGACUAAUGUUCUUUCAUUCGCAUCGACUGACGAGAGAAGGAACCCGGACUCUCCUGUCCGGGACAAGGAAGACGACAUAAAAGUCACGAAGAGAGCCAAAAGACAAAUCCCAAUGGACUUGUCAAUAAACGAGACCGGACACGGGCUGCUCGUGGACUUCCCCAUGACCCAGGACAGAUGGGAAUCCUUCCUCAAAGAGGUUUCCCCCUUUCAAGAGGUGAACGGAAGGAUCAAACGCCAAUAUCCUUGCAAGGAAUGCGGGAAGAGCUUCUCCAGGAACCUGUACCUCCGUGAGCACAGUCGGGUUCACACCGGGGAGAACCUCUACUCCUGCAAGGAAUGCGGUCAGAAAUUCGCACAUUCCAAUAGUCUGGUGGCUCAUCGGAAAUCGCACGUCACGAAAACGCACUGCUGCAAAACCUGUGAGGAGUGCUUCGCGACGGCGGCCGAGCUCCGUCGCCACACCGUCGUCCACAAGCGGCACCUGGCUCCCUAUCGCUUUGUUUGCAAGAUCUGCGAUCAGCGUUUCACUCAGGCUCAGCAUCUCAACAGACACGAACUGAUUCAUCUGGAGGAGUACAUGUAUGAAUAUCGAGUGCAGGAAAACGCAUUGAUCCAACAAAAGGUGGAGGGAGGGGGGAAGGGCCUUGGAAAGGCUUUGGUAGGACGACUCGAUCGUUCAGUCAGUCCUCCAGAAGCUCACCGAGCAGACGGGAGCCAAGAUUUGAUACUUCCAGGUCUUGCACGGGUACGACAAAGGGUAGAUCUGUACCAGAUCACCAUGGCAUAUGCCUACUGGAAGUCAGAGAAGGUGGGAGAUAUGGCUGUGUUCGAUCUGUUCUUCAGGAAGAAUCCAUUCCAGGGAGAAUUCACUAUCUUUGCAGGCUUAGAUGAAUGCCUGAAAUUCUUGGAGAACUUUCGUUAUUCUGAUAGCGAUAUCCUGUAUCUUCGGUCCACACUCCCUAGCUCUGUGGAACCUGAUUUCUUUGACUUCUUGAAGAAAUUGACCACUAAGGAUGUGACACUUUAUGCUAUUGAGGAAGGAUCUGUGGUGUUUCCCAGAGUCCCCUUGCUGAGACUUGAAGGUCCCUUGAUAGUUGUGCAACUCCUGGAGACAACUCUGCUGACUCUAGUCAAUUAUGCUAGCCUGGUUGCUACUAAUGCUGCCAGAUACCGAAUGGCUGCUGGGAAACAUAUGAAACUCCUUGAAUUUGGACUGAGGAGGGCCCAAGGACCAGAUGGAGGACUCUCAGCCUCAAAAUACACUUACAUAGGUGGGUUUGAUGGAACAAGCAAUGUCCUUGCAGGGAAGCUCUUUGGCAUUCCUGUCAGUGGCACACAUGCCCAUGCAUACAUCUCUUCUUAUCUCCACUAUGAUGAGCUUAAGAUUCGGAGCUCUGAUUCUCAAAAGGAGACCGGAGAUCGGAAGGAAGAGGAGGAGGGGAGAAGCAGCAGCACGCCCUACAAUCUCAGGGCCCUAACUAGAUUAUCCUACAAGGAGACGGGCCGACAGAUUGGCCACAGGCGACGGCAGGCGUAUAUCAAUAACAGCAGCCGCAGUAGAGGCAGCAGUCCAGGAGGCAGGGGGGACAUGGCAGGUAAGGAGCAUACAGCCGGAGAUCGGGAGGAAGAGGAGGAGGGGAGAAGCAGCAGCACGCCCUACAAUCUCAGGGCCCUAACUAGAUUAUCCUACAAGGAGACGGGCCGACAGAUUGGCCACAGGCGGUCCCGGCGCCGACGCUGUAGUCUGCCGUCCGCAUAUAGUUAUUGUCGUCGGCGUCAUCUCCGUCGUCAGGUCCUCCGUCCCCCCUGUACCGUCCAUUCCUCGUACCGCGCGGCGGACUUGCGGCUGCAAGCAAGCCAAAGACGCCAGGCGGGGAAACGGCAGGGCAGCAGCCAGGGCCGGGCCAAGGGGAACAGUGCCUCUGCAGCCCAGAAGUAA